AGGGGUGUGGGGGAGAGCCUUGGGGGAGGAGCUUUAGGCCAGCCGCUGUCCGGGUCCUGCCAGCAAUCGGGUCCAAGUCUGUGGUAUUGUCGUAUCGCCGUGUGUACGCCACCGUACUAUAGAGACCGGUCGCCCGUUUGCCUGGCAGGAGAAGCCGCCGGCGCGAGCGGCCUCGGGGAAUGGAAGCGGAGAACGCGGGCAGCUAUUCCCUUCAGCCAGCUCCAGCUUUUUAUACCUUUCCAUUUCAACAAAUGAUGGCUGAAGCUCCCAGUGUGGCAGUUGCGAGUGAACAGCAAAUGCCAGCAGAAGUUCCAGCCCCAGCUCCUGCUGAAGAACCUGUACAAGAAAGAAAACUGAUAACUCAGAUUGGCAUAAACCCAGGACUCAUGGCUGCUUACAAAGGGCAUCAUUACCCUGGACCUGGAAACCAUUUCUGGAAGUGUUUGUUUAUGUCAGGACUGAGUGAGGUCCAACUGAGUCAUAUGGAUGACCACACUUUGCCAGGAAAGUAUGGUAUUGGGUUUACCAAUAUGGUGGAAAGGACAACGCCAGGAAGCAAAGAUCUUUCUAGUAAAGAAUUUCGUGAAGGAGGACGUAUUCUAGUACAGAAAUUACAGAAAUAUCAGCCACGAAUAGCAGUGUUUAAUGGAAAAUGUAUUUAUGAAAUUUUUAGUAAAGAAGUUUUUGGAGUAAAGGUUAAGAACUUGGAAUUUGGGCUUCAGCCCCAUAAGAUCCCAGACACAGAAACUCUCUGUUAUGUUAUGCCAUCAUCCAGUGCAAGAUGUGCCCAGUUUCCUCGAGCCCAGGACAAAGUUCAUUACUACAUUAAGCUGAAGGACUUAAGAGAUCAGUUGAAAGGCAUUGAACGAAAUACAGACGUUCAAGAGGUGCAGUAUACAUUUGACCUACAGCUUGCCCAAGAGGAUGCAAAGAAGAUGGCUGUUAAGGAAGAAAAAUACGAUCCAGGCUGUGACAUGGAAAGUGAUAAGAAAUGA